CCUUUUGUCACCCGUGAUUCACCCACGUGGCUCUGUAAUGAACAAGGGGGGAUCAGAGUCACCAUGCAAAGCCUUUGGAGAGUGUAUGAGAGGACAGCUCCUACGUGGACACGAGGACUGACUGCGAGACUGGCUAGUUCUGGAGGAGGAAGACCAGAGUCUAAGAGGAAAGACGGGAGGAGACAGUUCGAUAGGACAGAAUCUAAACAAGAGCCUAAAAUAAUAUGGGCAGACUACAAGCGAAAUUUCAAAGGUUCCGUACCCCCUCAGAAAACCAGAAUAAGAUGUCGGAGAGGUCCAGAGAGGAUUGUGAACAAUGCCUGCCCCAUAUGUAAGGAUGGCAUCUCCAUCACACACACAGAUACCAAUCUGCUGGAGCAGUUUCUGUCACCUCAUACAGGGGAAAUCUUUGAAGCGUCUAAAACAGGUUUGUGUAGACAACAACAGAAGAAGCUGAUAGUUGCCAUAGAGACAGCCUGGGACCAUGGUCUCCUGCCCUACCCUAUACCACGGAAACCUGAGGAUGAAUCAUUUCGUAUUCCACCAUGGAACAAGAUAGACAUUGUAUAGACAUCAAACAAUAACAAUAUAACAGUGAUAGUGCAAUUUUCAUUUAUAAUAAUGUUGUCUGUUUGUAAAUUGAUGUACAUGUAUAUUAAUCAGUGCUUGAUCCUGUUGA